CUCUCCUUUCGCCCACCUCGAGCCUUGCCACCGCCCUCGAGACGACGUUCCUUUCCGCCCACUCUCUCCCUGCCGCGCUCCCAGUCACCUGCGGCGCGCGCCCGAGUGCAACACUUCCUUACUCCACUCCCACGCCACGAGCGCAGCGGCUUCGCCUCAGUACGACUCCUCUCGCCGACAGCACGAGCGGCACUGGCGCAUAGCUUCGCCUGACAUGGUCGAGAACGCGCCCAAGCCCAAGGGCGAGCGCCGCGCCUCGGGCGAUGCCCAAGCUGGCGGCGGUGGUGGCGGACGCGGCGGCGGCGGAUCCGGUGGCCGUGGCGGCAGAGGCCGGGGCGGCCAGAACGGUGGACGUGCGAGCGCAGCAGCAGCAACCGACGCACCUGCCGGCGAGCGCCGCACCACCUCGCCCGCCGCCGGCGGUGCUCCCGCUGCCGGUGGCGCAGCGAUGAACCGCGCCGAGGGCGGCUCUGGCGGCGCAGGUGGCUCGCGAGGCGGACGUGGACGCGGCGGCAACCGCGGCGGCUCGGCCUCGCGCGGCGGCAGAGGUGCGGCGCAGAGCGGCCGAGGCCAGCAGAGCCAGGCAGCUCGCGAGAGCGCCGGCGCUGAGCCCAGCUCUGCCCUGAACAACCUGCAGCAGAUGAUCCAGGACAUCAAGAAGACGCCGGGCACUGGCUCGCCGGCCGCCGCGGCAGCAGCUGCUGCGACCGCGGCAAACGAGGUCGACGCGCAGGACGAGCUCGCCUCGAUGGGCACGCGCCUGGCGCGGCAGGAGGAGGCACUGCAGGCCCAGCUCUCGACGCAGCUGCAGCGGAACCCGAGCGGCGGUGGCUUUGGCGGGCCCGGUGGUCUGCCAUCGCUCGGCGAGGAUGUCGAGGCGCCCUCGCCUGCGACCACCCGUCAGAGCGGACCUCGCUUCGCUGGCAACGCAGCCUUCCAGAGCGCCAUUGCUCGUCAUGGCGCCCAGCAGCAAGGCGGCGCCAGCGACCGCAGCAUGCACUCGCACGCGCGCCAGCUGAGUCUGCAGGGCCGCUUCGCCGAGAUGGGCUUCACUGGCGGCGCGUCGGCGGAGACCGAGGACAUGACCGACGACGGCGCAUCGUCCGUCGCCGACUACAUGGGCACGGGCGCCUUUGACCCGACGCGACGCUUCCCUGGCGGCACGCAGGACUUUCAGCAGGCGCUGCAGCAGUUCAGCCAGCAGGCGCAGCAGCAGUUCAGCCAGCAGGCGCAGCAGCAAGGCGAGUUCGGCGCUCAUCGCCGUGCGGGCAGCGAGAUGCCGAGCAGCUUCGGCGGCAGCGGCGGCCGUGCCGGGCACAUGCAGACGUCGAGCUUCGGCGGCCUUGGCAAGCUCAGCGGCGCCACGGGCCCCAUGUAUGCCGAGCAACUCGCACUGCAGCAGCAGAUCGAGAUGCUUCAGCUCCAGCAGCAAGCGCUCCUGCAGCAGCAGGUCAACUUCAACCCGUCGGCCGCGCUCAGCGCCAUGACGCAGUCGCCGCCGGCACCUGCGCCUCGUGCUGGCGCCCAUCGUCGCAUUCAGAGCCACGCGCCGCAGUCUGGCCCGAUGGGCAGCUUCUCGCUCGGCGGCAUGGGCAGCUUCGGCAGCAACAACGGCAGCCUGGGCGGCCUCUCCGGUCUCGGCAGCAACCAGUCGCAGCAGUCGGCGCAGUCGUCUCAGGCGGGCGGCGUGCCGCGCGGCCACGGUCGCCGCCACUCGGUCAACGUCAUCAACAAGAACGCACAGGCUCAGCAGGCUGCCCAGGCUGCCGCGGAACAGAGCAGCGGGCCGACGAUGCAGACGAACCUCGACUUCUCCUUCCCGCCGCAGCCGCAGGCGCCGCAGUACUCGCAGCAGCAGCAGCAACAGCUCAUGCAGCAACAGCAGCAGCUCUUGUCGCAAGCAUCGCAGCCGCAGCAGCAGGCGCCUCAGGUCGGCCACUUCAGCCACCCGUCCGUGCAGCUCUCGUCGGCGCUGUCGCCCGAGUACCUUAUGGCCGGCGGUGGCCUGCUGAACCUCGGCAUGUUUGGCAUGGGCGGCCUCACCGAUCUGGCUGACGGCUUCGGUGGCCAGGGCGGCGGUGGCGGUGGCGGCCGCGGUGGCCACGCUCGCACCGGCAGCAACAACUGGCGCAUCAACGGCCCGGCACCCGGCGCUGGACAGGUGACCGACCUCGCCUCUGCUCAGGCACAGCUUGCCACGCUGCACCAGUUCCGUGCCCAGUCGGGCGCACCGGGCGGCACCCACGGCCGCACGCCGUCGUUCAGCGGCGGCUUUAACCCUGCCAUGGGCGGCCAGGGUGCCUACCCGGGGCAAUUUGGCUACCAGCAGGGCCAGCAGCAGCAGGGCGGCGGCGCCAACCAGCGCAAGGCCCUCUUCGGCUCGUACCUUCCGCAGGCGUCGCUGCCGCCGCUGCUCGCGGCCGGCAAGCUCGUCGUGGGCAUGCUGCGCGUCAACAAGCGCAACCGUUCCGACGCCUACGUCGCCACCGAGGUGCUCGACUCGGACAUCUUCAUCUCCGGCUCCAAGGACCGCAACCGUGCGCUCGAGGGCGACCUUGUGGCUGUCGAGCUGCUCGACCCGAACGACGUCUGGUCGAUCAAGAAGGAGAAGGAGGACAAGAAGAAGCGCAAGGAGGAGCAGGGCGGCAUCGCCGCGCGCAAGCCCGACAAGGCUCGCGACGACCUCGAGGUCGAGGGCGCACAGCUCAAGCUCAUCGACGAUGAAGAGGAGAAUGAGGCUGCUCCGCCGGCCCUCGCCGGCCACAUCGUCGCCAUCGUCGAGCGCACGCCCGGACAGCUCUUCAGCGGCACGCUCGGCCUGCUGCGCCCGUCCAGCGCCGCCACCAAGGAAAAGCAGCAAGCCGAGCGGGCGCUGCGCGAGGGCGGCGACGGCACGCAGGGCCAGGAGCAGCAGGCGCGGCCGAAGAUCGUCUGGUUCCGUCCGACCGACAAGCGCGUGCCGCUCAUCGCCAUCCCGGCAGACCAGGCGCCGGCAGACUUCUGGGCCGAGGGCGGGCAGGAGAGCUACAACAACCGCCUCUUCGUCGCCUGCAUCAAGCGCUGGCCCAUCACCUCGCUGCACCCCUUCGGCACGCUCGUCGAGGAGCUCGGCGUCAUUGGCAACACCGAGGCCGAGACGCAGGCGCUGCUCAAGGACUGCCUCAGCUCGGCGACGGAGGAGUUUGGCGAGAACGCGCUUAAGUGCCUGCCGCCGCUGCCAUGGUCAAUCCCGGAGCGCGAGUACGAGACGCGCCGCGACUUCCGCAGCACGCGCGUCUUCAGCAUCGACCCGCCGACGGCCAAGGACCUGGACGACGCACUCAGCGUCACGCCGCUCGACGGCGGCCUAAUCGAGGUCGGCGUGCACAUCGCCGACGUGUCGCACUUUGUCAAGAUGGGCUCGGCGCUCGACCGCGACGCGCGCAAGCGGGCCACCUCCGUCUACCUCGUGCAGCGCGCCGUGCCCAUGCUGCCGCCGACGCUCAGCGAGGAGCUGUGCUCGCUGGUGCCCAACGUCGAGCGCCUGUGCUACAGUGCCGUCUUCACGAUGAACAAGGACGCGCGCAUCAUCGGCACGUGGUUCGGCCGCACGAUCAUCAAGUCGUGCGCCAAGCUCGCCUACUCGGACGCGCAGAAGAUCAUCGACGGGGACAGUGCCGUCGACGCGUCCAAGGUCUCGGGCCACUCGGCGGAGGAGGUGGCGGCCGACAUCAUGACGCUGCACAACCUCGCCGUCAAGAUGCGUGCGCGCCGCUUCGAGGCUGGUGCGCUGCGCAUCGACAACGUCAAGCUCAGCUUCAGCCUCGACGAGGCGGGCCUGCCCACCGACGCCGUGCCGUACCAGACCAAGGAGGCCAACAGGCUUGUAGAGGAGUUCAUGCUGGCCGCCAACGUCGCCGUCUCGCAGAAGAUCGCCGCCGGGCUGCCCGACGUGGCGCUGCUGCGCCGCCACGAGCGGCCGCUCGACCGUCGCCUCUCCGGCUUCAAGGCACGCGCCGCGCAGAUGGGCUUCGACGUCGACAUCAGCUCGUCGGGCGCGCUGUUUGCCUCGCUGCAGGGCAUCACGGACAUCGCGAAGCGGACGGCGCUCGAGACGCUCGCGACCAAGUCGAUGAUGCGUGCUAAGUACUUCUGCACGGGCAUGGUCGACAUCUCGAAGUACGCCCACUACGCGCUCAACGUGCCGCUGUACACGCACUUCACGAGCCCGAUCCGCCGCUACGCCGACGUGAUGGUGCACCGGCAGCUCGACGCCGUGCUGCAGGGGCACGACAAGUUCCCCGUCGACCGCGAGGGCAUGGCCAAGAUCGCGCAGCAGUGCAACGUCAAGCGCGACGCCGCCAAGCUGGCGCAGGAGCAGUCGGCGCACCUCUUCCUCUGCCUGCUCAUCCACGACCUCACCAUGCGCUACGGGCCCGUCGUGCGCCAGGCGACCGUCAUCGGCGUGCUCGACGCCGCGUUCGACGUUGCCAUCCCCGAGUUCGGCCUCGAGAAGCGCGUGCACACCGAUGCGAUCCCGCUCGAGCACCACCAGUACGACGAGCACAGCAACAGCCUCGCGCUGUACUGGAAGCCGGACGUCGACGUGCUCUCCUUCCUCGCCGAGACGGGCGACGACACGCACGUGCAGAACCUGCGCCGCCACGCGCAGGCGCACGCCAUGGAGAUGACGUCGCAGAGCCACACCGACGAGGCGGCGCUCUUCGACGAUGACGACGACGAGGCGCUCGCCGAGGCCAAGCGCAAGGUGUUCAGCGGCGAGGACGCCAAGGACAGCGUGCAGCGGAGCCGCUCGUUCCAGCGCCAGCCGCUGACCUUCGACAACACGACGCGCACGGCGGCCGGCCACCACAUCAUGACCGUCAAGGCGCUUGCCACGCUACCCGUCAUCAUCACCGCGGACAUCACGCGCUCGCCGCCCGUGCUCAAGGUCUUCGCCGUCAACCCAUGGGCGCAGACGAGCGCGCCAGCGGCAGCAUGAGCACCAGAAAACAUCAGACGACACAGCCGUUCGCGGCGCUGCGCCGUCGCCCAUCCUACUCAUCCCUCACGACCUGCUACUCUACAUCAGACCCGUCAGUGUACAUAAUGCGGGCCGCCCCGCCACAUACAGAGCGCGUGCGCGGCUCGGCAACAUUCACGAAACGAGAUCAGUCCGAAAAG